GAUCGGAGGCUGCCGGGAUUGUAGUGCGGUAAUAGCUGUGACUACGUUUCCCGACGUGCAUUGCGGCAUCCGCGCCUGCGCCCUGCGUGUGUCCAGAGAGGGCCCGGGACAGAGGCGAUGGAGCAGCCGCCGGAACCGCAGCGAGAGGAGCCCGAGGCUGAGCGGGGACCCGUCUCCUUCGGCUUCACCCGCACCGUCAGCAAACCGCGGGUGAAGGAGGCAGUGGAGUCGGAGGCCGAGAAGGAGACGGUGACCGGCGUGGAGGGCGGGGAGGUGCUGAGCCUAAAGCCGCGGGAGAAGCCCCGGGAACUGAUCGUGCCCCUCAUCCGGAAGAACCGUUGGCACAAGCCGGAUUCAGGGGCCAUAGCGACGGAGGAGAAGGAGGCAGGGGAGCAGGAGGACCCCGAGGUGCUGUCCAAGGCCGUGCAGGAGCUGAUUGAAGAGUCCCAGAGGUACCAGGAGAAGUGGAAGGAAGGCAGCCGGGAUGACGGGACCCUCAGCAUCCCUCUGCUGAUGCAGAACCAGGCGCCCCAUGGAUACGAGGACGGGGAGAAGGUCAACGUGGAGCUGCGGCCGGAGUCGUCCACAGCGGAAGACUACGAGUCGGUGCCUGUGGAAGCCUACGGCAUGGCCAUGCUGAGAGGCAUGGGCUGGAAGGAGGGAGAGGGAAUCGGACGCACGUUCAAGCAGGAUGUGAAGCCAUUGGAGCAGCAGCUGCGGCCUAAGGGGCUGGGACUGGGGGCGGACCGGUCCGUGGCCCGGGACCUGGAGCCGAGCCGUCCCACCAGGCCCCCAAAACCGGGCGAGGAGCGGCCGGAGGAGGAGCCGCAGGGCCCAGCUCUGGGCAGGAAGGUUCAGAUCCGGCAGGGACCCCACCGGGAUCUGUACGGACAGAUCGAAGGGCUGGACCCUGACAACGCCCGCGUGGUGGUACGGCUGGCGCUGGGCAACGAGGCGGUGACCGUCAGUCAGUACGGGCUGAAUUACGUCAGCGCCGGAGAGUACCAGCGUUACAGCCGCGACCUGAGCCGGCUCAGCGCCGCCCACAGGGAAAGCCAACGGCAGCAGGAAGCCACGCGGGGCAAGGAGGUUGAGAAGGAGAAACGCACAGAACACCGGGAAAGGAAGAGGAAGCAUGAGGCCAGCGCAGAGAGGGACAGGAAACGGGACAAGCGGCCGAGCAGCCCCACUCCCCGCCGCCCGUGUUGGCUGCACAGUGACCUGCUGGUCCGGCUCAUCGACCGGCGCUACCAGAAGGGAGCCUACUACAACUGCAAGGUCACCAUCGAGGACGUGCUGAGCACUGACUCGUGUGUGUGUCGGACCGACGGUGGACGACUUCUGGAAGGGAUUAAACAGUCAAUGCUAGAGACGGUGAUUCCCAAGUCGGAUUCUGCUCACAUCAUGGUGGUGCUUGGCGAACACAGAGGCGCGGUGGGCCGGAUACUGAAGCGGGACAGAGCGAAGUGCCAGGCGCUGGUACAGCUGCAACGUAACGAGGAACACCUCCUGCAGCUGGACUACGACACCAUCUGCCACUAUGUAGGGGCGUCGGGGAGCGACUGAAGGAGUCUGUGGAUGGCUGGGAUGGGGGGAGCGAGAGACAGUCCCAAUAAACCCCCCAGCAUUUCCCUCUCCACUUGUUCUUUCCAUGUCUGCUGACACUCAGCGCUAGAGGGAGCCAAUCGGAGUGGUUGAACUGAUGGCCGCUCCUCGUCUCCACCGGGGACCUGGCCCCACCUCCCCUGUGAGGUUUUGACCCCCAAUCUCCUCGGAUUUGGCCCCGUUCCUCGCAGUGACCCGCUGCUCAAGCAGGGGGCCGGUACCCCUGCCCACAGAUGCCCUCCUGUGGCGCUACUGUGCUACUGCAACUCAGGGUCGAGUGUGGUGGGAGAGUGAAGAGGAGUCCACACUGCUGGGUCACACUGUGGCUUCGGUGGGUUUGUAUCCCCCUGCUGGCCCAUACAGGACCCAUAUUCCAUAAGCUGGUGAAUAAAAGCUUAAUGUUACAGACGUGACAAUGUGUCUGUGUGU